AUGCAAACUCCACCCAAAGACGAGAACGAUCUCGUCCUUUUCACCGUCGCCGACAAAGCCAACCCGUACAACUUCCCAUCCUGGCGGAAAUGGAUGAUUGUGCUUAUCGUAGGCCUUAACACCCUCUGGGCCAUGAUGUUGUCGACCAUCGUUGUCCCCGCCACCACCCGCUACCGAGAAGAAUUCGGCAUCAAAGAGAUCACGAGCAAGGUACCCAUCAUGACCUAUCUUCUCGGCUACAGUCUCGGCCCCGUCCUCAUCAUCCCCAUCAGCGAGGACUACGGCCGCAAGCCGAUUGGUAUAGCCUCGCUCCUCAUCCUCUACAUAUUCAAUAUCCCUCAGGGCCUCGCUCAAAACGUAGAGACUCUUGCAGUCACUCGCUUCAUCGCCGGUAUCUUUGCCUCACCCAUCCUUAACUAUGUCUGCCUUGUUCCUGAUCUCUGGCGCGGCGGCGACAAGGCAGGUCUGUGGGGCGUUAAUUUCUGGGCCUUCAUGGCAGAAUCUGUCGUGUUGGGCGGGAUUAUUGGUGACUAUAUCGUCGAUAGGUACGACUGGCGUCUCGCUAUUUGGAUCCCAAUGGCCGUCGGUGGCUUCCUCCUCAUCCUCUUCGCUGUCCUCGUCCCGGAAACCCGCCCCGCUCCCAUUCUCACCAAGCGCACUAAAGAAAUACGCAAACAUCACAACCCAAACGCAUGGACCAUCUACGAAACUAAGCGCAGUUGGGAGGCUAUCUUCAAGGAGACUUUGCUCAGACCUCCAGUCAUGUUCUUUACGGAAUACGGUAUAAACUAUGGAUUGAUUUACCUUCUCAUCGAGAGCAUGCCCCUGGUUUAUGCUGAGAUGGGUGUCGACGCACCAAACAGCUCGCUCUUCUAUUUUGCGAUGGAAGUCGGCUUUGUAUUAGCACUGCUCUGCUACCACUUGCAACUGAAAGCUCAGGCAUGGGCGACUCGGCGAUCUGGGGAAGACAAGCCGGAGUACAAGCUAUUCUGGGGGAUGCUCUCAGCCUUUGUCUUCCCCGUCUCCAUGUACUGGUAUGGUGGAACGGGGCAGCCGGAUUACAGUGUAGUUAGUGACUACACGAUAGACUCGUACCAGAUGCUCGCGAGCAGUGCGGUGACAGGCCAGUCCUUCUGUCGGGAGAUACUAGCUGCGACAUGCGCGCUAGUGACGACGACCUUCUACGAUUGGUCCUACGGUGUCCCCGGCCCUUACCACCACACAUACGCAGUUGCGUCUUAUAUCCUCGCAGCCAUCGCAACAUUGUGCAUAGCUAUCCCGUUCGUCUUCUACGCUUUCGGUCCGCGUAUUAGAGCCGCAUCGCAUUACUCGCUCGAGUUGAAGCGCCUCACUAAGGAGGAAAUCGAGCGUGAGAAGUGGAUGGAGGAACGCAGUCAGGCUAUCACCCGCGAACAGCAGCACCAGCAUGACGCUAUUGAAACCGUACAAGGCGAUCGAGAGGAUACGCCUGCUGAAAAAGACACUCUCGAAAAAGUCGCUGAGGUGCCUUGA